GAGAUGGCUCUCUCUUUAGAACCACCGAAACCUUUGGGAGAAAUUAAAUCAGCCACAAGAGUAACUGGAGGACCAGCAACUCCUAGGAAAGGACCACCAAAGUUCAAACAAAGACAGACAAGACAGUUUAAGAGCAAGCCACCAAAGAAAGGAGUACAAGGGUUUGGUGAUGACAUUCCUGGAAUGGAAGGAUUAGGCACAGAUAUCACCGUCAUAUGCCCCUGGGAGGCCUUCAAUCACCUGGAAUUACACGAAUUAGCACAAUAUGGUAUCAUCUGAAGUCGCGACAGAACUCUGCAUUUUUACUGUGUUCCUUGGAAAAGUUUCCAACUCCACCCUGUC